UCUGGUGUACUGCGUCCGUGAUAACGCCUCUCUUCGCUUGGUUAUCAGUGCUCCGAGAAGAAACACCCACUCUCCGGUUUGUAGAGCGAACCUUCUAUACCAGUGCGUAUAAAGGUUAUCCCUCUUUACCGAUCGCCCUCGCGUGUGGCCGAGCGUGUGUAAUCGCAAAUUUUUCGGAGAGAUAUUCGUAUCGAAUCGCUCGAUCGGUGCCAUGAAGUCCCUUUGCGUUUUCCUCGGUUCUCUCCUCUGCUUGGGCUUGGUCAGCGGAGAUGGACUCAAGUGCACCCUUAAGCCUGCCGACAUUCCCAAUGCAUGGCUGGACAUGGUCGAUCCCUGUAUAAAGAUUUUAGAAGCUCAGGUGAAAACGGAGAUUGAAGCUUCCAUGACUUAUCUUGCGAUGGGUGCUCACUUUGCACGGGAUUCUGUCAAUCGACCUGGAUUUAGUAAAUUCUUUAUUAAUAGCGCUUCGGAAGAAAGAGAACAUGCCAUAAAGGUUAUCGAAUACCUAUUAAUGCGUGGCCAACUUACAAAUGACGUCAGUAAACUGCUCAAGUUUCCUCUGCGUCCUAUACGAGAGGAAUGGACAAAUGGAGUAGAGGCACUUACGGAUGCUUUGAAUUUGGAAGCACAAGUUACUCGAAGUAUUCGUGAUAUCAUCCAAAUUUGCGAAGCACCAAAGACUAGCACUUUCAACGAUUAUCACUUGGUUGACUAUCUUACGGCUGAUUUUCUCGACGAACAAUACAAAGGACAACGUGACCUUGCGGGAAAAAUAUCGACUUUGGGCAAGAUGAUGGCUACCCAUGGUCCACUUGGAGAAUUCUUAUUCGACAAACAACUACUGAGUGAUUAAGUGUAAUAUUUGUAUUAUACACAUUUAAUAUUCAACUUUUGAACCUUUUUUUUUUCCCCCAAGAUGUGGUAAAUCUAAAAUUUAGAAUUCUUCUACCGUACUGUUUUACUGAUAUCAGUUUCAGGAGACAUUGCCUUAACAAGAACGAUGUUUUUUUUUAAUGUAUCGGAUAAGAUGUAGGAUUAUCAUGUAAAUAAUAGUAGCGUUCAUCAUCAGUGAUGUGUUUCUUUUAGCGUGUACUGUAAAUAAAACGGUAUUUCGCAA